AUGGCCGCGGAACGUAAGUUAAAAGCUCUCAAGCAACGGCUGAGGAGCAUCUUGGUGUCGUUCAACUUGAUUAAAACGUUCGUGGACGAAUACGAGGAAGAACAACACGAAAUGGAAGUUCCAGUACGGAUCGAACACCUGGGAACCAUUUGGAACGAUUUCACCAACGUGCAAAGUGAACUUGAAGUCUGCGACAAUCUCGACAAUCCUUCAAUCGACCAAUUACUGAAACAACGUGCGGAAUUUGAAACCAAUUACUACCGGGUGAAAGGUUUUCUCCUGGCAGUAAAUAAAGCUCCUGAUCCUGUACCAGCCUCUAGUUCUAACCUAUCGACGAAUUUCCCUGGACGAUACCCUCACAUACGUCUUCCCGAUGUUAAAAUCCCAGUGUUCAACGGAAAUUUAGAAUGUUGGCUCAACUUCCACGACCUUUUUGUCUCGCUCGUUCACGCAUCGACAGAGAUUUCUACCAUCCAGAAGUUUUAUUACUUACGUUCCUCUCUCACCGGCGAUGCUUUGAAAUUGAUUCAAUCAAUACCUAUUAGUGCGAAUAACUAUCCAGUGGCCUGGAAUCUGUUAGUCGACCAUUUCCAAAACCCAGCGCGUUUAAAACAGUCAUACAUCGACGCACUUUUCGAGUUUACUGCACUAAAACGCGAAUCCGCAACAGAUCUACAUUCUUUAGUGGAAAACUUUGAAGCAACGGUAAAGAUUUUGAAUCAACUUGGGGAGAAAACUCAAUACUGGGAUGUUAUGCUCAUUCGUAUGUUGAGCAUUCGACUCGAUCCUACCACCAGGCGAGAUUGGGAGGAUUUUUCUUCGGCACGCAACACAAUUUCUUUCCAAGAUUUGGUCGCAUUCAUCCAGCGGAGAGUAACGGUCUUGCAGAGUAUCGGAAACAAAAUUCCUGAAGGCUUAACUCAAAAUCCACCUAGAAAGUCUAACCCAAAAUCCGUAUCCAGUCUCGGUGCGAUGCAAACCUUCACACGCAAGUGCAUCAUCUGUUCGGAGAACCACCCACUUUACAAGUGCUCUCAGUUCUCACACAUGAAGAUAGAGGACAAGGAGCAGGAAGUUAGACGUCAUCAGUUGUGCCGAAAUUGUUUGCGGAAGGGGCACAUGUCACGAAACUGUCCAUCUACGAGCACCUGUCGAAAAUGUAAUGGUCAUCAUCACACUCAACUUUGCUUCAAGGAUCAUCCCAAGCCAGACUCUAAACCUGAGCGAAUCUCUCCCAACUCGGUAGACACACAUCAGCCUGAACCAACCACAUCCGCUGCCGCUUCUCUCAUUCAAGCUACAACUACUUCAAUCAACAACGGGAAGCUACUGAAAGUAGUUCUAGCUACAGCUGUUAUCCAAUUGGUCGAUGAUAGUGGAAGAGUCCACGCCGCUCGCGCGCUCUUAGAUUCCGGCAGUGAAUGCUGCUUCAUAACGGAUGCUCUCUCGCAGGCUAUGAAAGUUAAUCGAACGAAAAUUUCUCUCCCCAUUGCUGGUAUAGGCCAUUGUGCAACAUACGCCAAAUACAAACUUCGCGCGACUAUUCGUUCCCGCUUCAAUGACUAUGCUUCCCUGACUGAAUUCUUAGUAUUGCCUAAACUUACCGUCGAACUCCCGUCUGCGGCUAUCGACGUUUCUACUUGGAACCUACCAACCGAUGUCGAACUUGCCGAUCCAUCAUUCAACCGUCCAGGCCCUAUUGAUGUUGUCAUUGGAGCGGAAAUAUUCUUCGAAUUAUUCAAAUACCGUGAACGAAUUUCCCUCGGAACAACCCUUCCUGUCCUUGUCAAAUCUGAGCUGGGGUGGAUAGUUACUGGAAAGACUUCCUUCAGUCAGCCGAUCACACCGAUUGUUUCCAACGUAGCCACUAUCAGCGAGCUUCAUAGAUUCCUCGAGCGCUUUUGGGAAAUCGAAGAGGAUGACGCCAAACCAGGACCAUCAGUGGACGAAGCCGCUUGCGAGAACCAUUUUGCAGAAACCGUUGCCCGGACUGAUGAAGGUCGCUACAUUGUCCGCCUGCCCACUCGUGAAAUCAUACUCAGCAACCUAGGAGACAACCGCAAGUCAGCAGUCAGACGAUUUCAUUUGCUAGAAGGUAAAAUCAAACGCAACGAGACUUUCCAUCAACAGUAUCGAGAUUUCAUGAAUGAAUAUGAAGAUCUCAAGCACAUGCAGAAGAUUUCAUUCAUCACCGGCACGCUGGCUCAAUCCUACCACCUCCCCCAUCAUGCUGUUAUACGAGAGAGCAGUUCAACAACGAAGCUGAGAGUCGUCUUCGAUGCGUCGUGCAAAUCCGCCACCGGUUACUCUCUCAACGACGCUGUUAUGGUCGGCCCUAUUAUCCAAGACGAUUUGCGCGCCAUCAUUACACGUUCCCGAAUGCAUCCCGUUAUGUUGAUUGCGGACAUAAAACAGAUGUAUCGGCAAAUCCUUGUCGAUAACAGAGAUACACCAUUGCAGAGAAUUGUCUGGAGGAAUCAUGACGACGAACCACUAAGCACCUACGAACUGAAAACCGUUACCUAUGGUACUGCUUGUGCGCCCUUCCUCGCGACAAGAGUACUAAAGCAAUUGGCAAAGGAUGAGCAACAUAGAUUCCCUUCCGCUGCCAAAAUUCUGCAAAGAGAUUUCUACAUGGACGAUCUUUUUUCGGGUGGCCAGAACAUCGACGAAGUAAGGAACCUUCGGAAGGAGCUGGAGGAACUUUGCAAGCUUGGCGGUUUCGAAUUACGAAAAUUUGGGUCUAAUUCAACAGCUGUAAUCGACGAGGUACCGAUGGAAAAUCGUGCAAUACAAUCAUCAGUGGAUUUAGAUCGGGAAUCAUGUAUUAAAACCUUAGGUUUGAAUUGGGAUCCAUCCGAGGAUCAUUUGCGUUACAAGAUUCAUCUCUCUUGCGACCCGGAGAAUUUUGUCUUAACCAAACGAAUUGCCUUAUCCAGAAUUGCUCAAAUCUUCGACCCACUAGGGCUUUUGGGUCCCGUUAUUGUUAGCGCCAAACUGUUCAUGCAAUCUCUGUGGACUUUGAAGGACGAAAAAGACAACACUCUGAACUGGGACGAUCCUCUACCGGAAGCUCUUUCGAAAAAAUGGAACAUCUUUUACUUCAAAUUGCCACUUCUAGAACAUCUCAGAAUCCCACGCUGUGUAGUUUUUCCAAACGCAACAUCAAUUGAACUGCACAUAUUCUCAGACGCAUCAGAACGAGCAUACGGAGCUUGUGCGUAUGUGCGAUCACGCGACAAUGUUGGUUGUGUUCGCGUAGCAUUGCUGACUUCUCGUUCAAAGGUUGCCCCCCUCAAGCGAAUAAGUAUACCACGACUCGAACUUUGUGGUGCGCUCCAUGCCGCCGAAUUGUACACCAAAAUCUGCUCAUCCACUCAGCUAAACUGUCCCACCUUUUUCUGGGUCGAUUCUACCACCGUCCUCGCAUGGUUGAAUUGUUCACCGUCAACAUGGGCAAAUUUUGUUGCCAAUCGAGUCUCCAAAAUUCAACUCGCCACAAUCAACUCCCACUGGAAUCACGUGCCCGGCAGCGAAAACCCAGCAGACCAUGUUUCGAGAGGAAUACCGCCAGAAGAACUUCUUUCAUGUGACAUCUGGUGGCACGGACCGGCUUGGCUAAAGGAAGAACGAGAUGCGUGGCCAUCUAUUACUGCUCAACCCGAAAAUUCAACUGACGUGUUACAAGAACAGCGAAAAUCAUCUAUGAUGACGACCACAUUAUGUUCCCCUGAGCCCUCGUUUGUAGAUGAUUUGGUCAAACGAUUCAGUAGCUACCAGCAUCUCCUCCGAGUUACCGCUUUCUGUCAACGGCCAGCGAAAAUAUUUCGACUACCUUCAACCAAAAGAAUCCUCAACUGUGUUCUGUCGGUGGAAGAAAUCAACGAAGCAGAAAAAACUCUUUUUCGAUUAGUUCAGCAGCAAACUUACGAACAAGAUCUCAAUAAUCUUCGAAAAGAUCAACCAAUAUCCCCCAAAUCCCGACUGAAAUGGUUCAGUCCUUUCCUGGGCCCCGAUCAACUUCUACGCGUGGGUGGACGAUUAGCAAAUUCCAAUAAAAACUACGAUACUCAACAUCAAAUCAUCUUGCCAUCAUCUCACCAAAUUACCGCUCUCUUAGUCGAAAACUUACAUCGCAAACACUUGCACGCAGCACCCACGCUUCUACUUACCAUCAUUCGACUACGCUUCUGGAUCAUAGGGGCCAGAAGCUUAACGAAAAAGGUGGUGCACAAGUGCUUGCAAUGCUUCAAAGCCAAACCAACAAUGGUGCAGCAAUUCAUGGGAGAGUUGCCACGAUCGCGCGUCACUGCCACCCGACCGUUCGCAGUCACUGGAGUGGACUAUUGGGGUCCAAUAUUACUGCAACCACCACACCGGAGAGCAUCACCAAGGAAGGCUUUCGUAGCAGUAUUCAUAUGCUUCAGCACGAAGGCCGUUCAUCUGGAGCUCGUUCCAGAUCUGACCACCAUCAAGUUCCUGCAAGCCUUCAAAAGAUUCGUCGCUCGCCGAGGGCUGUGCACUGAUGUAUACAGCGACAACGGGACGAAUUUUGUGGGAGCAAAGAACGAAAUCAAACGUCUUCUUCGUUCUGAGAAUCAUCGAGCCGAGGUGUCCAAAAGCUGUUCAGAAAUGCAGAUUCGUUGGCACUUCAACCCGCCGAAAGCCUCUCAUUUCGGUGGGCUGUGGGAGGCAGCGGUCCAGUCGGCACAAAAACAUUUUAUUCGCGUGUUGGGAACACGCUCCUUACCCUAUGACGAUAUGGAAACGUUACUUUGUCAAAUUGAAUGUUGCCUUAAUUCGCGACCAUUAGUUCCUCUCAGCGACGAUCCCUCGGAUUUUGACCCCCUCACCCCUGGUCACUUCCUGACUGGCUCAGCCCUCAAGGCAGUUCCCGACAGAGACUUUUCUGACAUCAAUUACGACAGACUCAAACAGUGGCAAAAAGUUCAAAAAAUCAUCCAAGAUAUUUGGAAACGGUGGCACUUGGAGUAUCUGUCCACCUUGCAACCCAGAACGAAAUGGUUCCGUCCACCAGUCACUUUCCAACCAGGCCAAUUAGUUCUCCUCCGGGACGAGAAUACUCCUCCAAUGCGAUGGCCAACAGCCCGAAUAAUCGAUGUUCAUCCUGGGAGCGACGGUAUCAUCAGAGUAGUUUCGCUGCAAACACCGAAGGCAAAAACAACUCGCUGUGUCCAGAAAAUAUGUUUGCUUCCUAUUGCACCACAUCAAAUCCAGAACGACGACAAAACGGGUCAGCUGAACACCACGGACGACAAGUAG